AUGGCUCGCCGUCUCUCUGCAGCGGAGAAAGGAAAAGGACAACUCACAACACCAACAGGCCCCUCAAUAAUGAGAAUCAAAUCCCCGAACCUAGAUACCUCUGCACUCAUCAAAGACAAUGCUCUUACCUUGAUUGGGAGACUAACAAACCCAAAGGAGCAGAGGAUGUGGGCGCUCCUCCCCUCCCUACCUCGAAAAUGGCACCUACAGGGCAGAGCAGUUGGUUCAGAUCUAGGGAGAACAAUCACUAAAGAAAAGGAGCUAGACGAUACCUCCACAGACUUUCAAAGCAGAGUAGACAGGUAUGGAAAGAGCUUUGGAAACAGAGUAACUACAAGGCAAACGAGGAACCCUCCCCCUCCGGAGACAAGUGGUGCUAAAGUCUACAGGCAAAGCGUCGCCCAAGCCUCAUGGAGGACUAGGAAUAAUAACGAAAACGCCCCCAAGUACUACUCCCCUCCCUUUGAAAGAAUCAGAGACUCCACUUCAAAAGCCAAUGGGAGCCUUCACAGGCGUUCUCUAUUCACCCAAGGAGAACAACACCACUGGCGAGUGAAGUCUAUCAUCCCCUCUCACAGGGAGACUCAAGAGCCUACAAGGAACACAAUAGAGCCACAAGAUCUAAUUCCGCCAACACCCAUUCCCACGCGGGAGGAGGUAAUAGAGGAACUAAACCAUGCCACACUCCAAUACUUAAGCUGCCCUGAUCCAACUGAAGCUGCAGCAAGAAGGCAGAGAGUAUAUGCUAGCGAUGCGCAAGGCCAUAUGGAAGAAGCAGCGGAUAUAAUAAUAGCUUCUGCCAUUGCGGCCUCCAACCCCAUCCAACCUCUACAACUUGGCACCGUGGAGCAAAGUGGCCCACCUCUCACCCUCCCUGAACAGGAGCCCCAACCUGACGAUGAGGUUCAAUCUCAGGUUCAAUCUCAGAGAAUAGAAGAGGCUUCUCAGGGAGCUAGUCGAGUAAAGAACAAACGGAGGAGAAGCUCACCUUUUUCCCGAUCACCCAUUGACAACAGACCUGUGAUCUCUAUUACGAAUGCAAAGGGACCAGCUCAACCACCCUCCCCCAAUACAAACUUGCAGGCAACUGCUGCUCCGAUCAUAGCUCCGCAGGCUAGCGGCUCAACCCAAACAGGGGAGAGAGACUGCCAUCCCAGGAGAGUGCGAGCAAGAACUACUCCCUCAAAAUCAAAGCCUGCUACUACUAGCCCCAAGACCUUCAGAGGAGCCAGCUCCAAAAAGAUGAUUUUCUCUAUGACUCAGAGGUCACCAGGACAGACCCAACAGAGGAGAAUCCAAAGCCAAAUACAAAUACCAGGAACAAGUGGGGUGCAAAGACCAUGA